GCAUGCUGGACCACAGCUCAACGCCCAAAAUGGCGGCACGAUUGAAAAGUUUUGCCCGUGUUGUCCGAGUUAGUCUUCUCCACAGAUGAUCCCUGUGGUCGAUUGAACUGCGCAGAAACGCACCGCUUUCCACACUGGUGGCGCGCCCGCAGGUUUCCUAACAGUUGCGGGGUAAGGCAAACACCGGCAUGGCGCUUUGCGAUCAGCUCAAAUUAGGGCAUCACUUCACCAGUGCUAGGCUAGGCUAAGCUAGGCUAGGCUAAGCUAGGCUAGGCUAGCGAGCGAACUACUGUCAAAUGAGUUUUGGUCCCAAGCUCAAGUAGUUAUGUCCCGUCUCACCCGGAGCCCCGCGCCGACGGGAAUAUGAAGAAGAAGACGACAUUCACAUAGAAAUGGAGGAUGAUGUGAAGAAAGUGAAAAAGCCUGGGAUCGUGUCUCCGUUCAAGCGAGUCUUCCUGAAAGGCGAGAAGGGGAGGGACAAGAAGGCCCAGGAGAAGGCCACGGAGCGCAGGGCCCUGCACACCUUCUCGCUCUCUCAGCCCGACCACCGCAUCGACCCUGACAUCCUGCUUAACGACUACAUUGAGAAGGAAGUCAAAUACUUGGGGCAGCUGACAUCAGUUCCAGGAUACUUGAACCCAUCAAGUCGCACAGAAGUGCUACAGCUCAUUGACAAUGCAAGGAAGUCGCAUCAGUUGGCUGGCCAGCUGACAUCAGAGCAAGACGCCGUGGUGAGCUUGUCGGCGUACAACAUAAAGCUUGUGUGGCGCGACGGAGAGGACAUCAUCCUGAGAGUGCCCAUCCACGAUAUUGCUGCUGUUUCCUACAUCAGGGAUGACUCGUUGCACCUUGUGGUGAUCAAAACAGCCCAGGAGUCAGGAGGUUCUCCCUGUCCCAGCUCAUGUCCUGAUCUCAACAAGUCCCAGACCCUGAGCUCCUUAUCGGAGAGUGGAGCUGUGCUGGUGGAGGUCUGCUGUCUGCUUGUGCUGGCUGUUGAUAAUAAGGCAGCGGCAGAGGAACUGUGUCUUUUGCUCAGCCAGGUCUUUCAGAUUGUUUACACAGAAUCAACCAUUGACUUCUUGGACCGAGCCAUAUUUGAUGGAGCAACCACUCCGACGAGACACCUUUCUCUGUACAGCGGUGAGGAUGACUCUUCAAGCAAAGUCGACGUUAAAGAGGCCUUUGAUGCAGAAGGGGGCACAUUUCCUUUCCAGGUCUCCGUGGAGGCAGAGGGAAACUCUCCAACAACUUCCACCCAGGCAUCCCCUCAGACGAAGACUGCGAGUGAAGGAGAGCUCAGCACCACUGCCGCAGAGCUGCUGCAGGACUACAUGACCACACUGCGGACAAAGCUGUCGUCGCAGGAGAUCCAACAGUUUGCUACCCUGCUGCACGAAUACCGCAACGGUUCAUCCAUCCACGAGUUCUGCAUAAACCUUCGACAACUCUACGGGGACAGCAGGAAGUUCCUCCUCCUUGGCCUGCGUCCCUUCAUACCAGAGAAGGACAGCCAGCACUUUGAGAACUUCCUCGAGACCAUCGGCGUGAAAGACGGCCGAGGGAUAAUCACAGACAGCUUUGGCCGCUAUCGACGCACGGCCAGCUCCGCCUCGGAUUCCACCACCAACGGCAACGGAGCAGUGGGAGGAGGCAGCGACAGCGCGGCCUCAGACGAGGGCCAGGAGACCUCCGAGGGCGACGAGUGGGAUCGCAUGAUCACCGACAUCAGCAAUGACAUUGAAGCUCUCGGCUGCAGCAUGGACCAGGAGGGAAUGAAUCCCUGACACGGUCCACAAAGAUGUUCUGAAUCUGCCAAAUGAACAGAAGGCAUGAGCUAAGUGGAUCAGAUGAAGGUGGUCCUGAGCACUGACCUAAGAUUUACUUGUAUUUUCCUCUAAUUGUCAAGAGGACGCUCCAUAGUCCCUAAGCACUCAAGGAAAACCUUGACUUAUUACCACAAAAACAUGAAGUCAACAAACGCACUUAUGCAGACCACGUAGAAGACAUUCAGUCACUCGGCUAUUUUUUGCAUUCCAGAGGGAUUCGUAGCCUCUGAAAAUGUUUUUAAAAUGUUGUUUUGAUUUUUUUUUUUACUCCUAUUAUUGGCAGUAUCUGCCACCGCUGUCGACAAUGUAGCUAAAAAUACCCAGAUCUUUGAGAAUGUUUCCGUGUUGAAUCUCCCUCAAUGACACCGGAGCAUCCGUCUGAGGACUGCGUCGAUGUUUUAGAAGGUUUAGAGUGAAGCUGUUCCGGUCUUUUGUAUCACUAUAGGUCAAAUCGGCUUCAUCCAUCAGAAGAACAUUGGUUUUCCUCAGUUAUUUCACACUUGUGCGUUUUGCUGUGAGAGUGCAACAUUUUGCUCCUUAUAUAUAAUUUCAUUUUUUUCCAAUAAGAUUUGUGUACCAUUUUUCUUUCACACUAUCAUUUUGUUAUAAGUGUUUACUCGUUUAUAUAGUUUUGCCUUGUUCAAACUGACCAAGGAAAAAUGCUGUAAAGGCAAAAAAAAUCAGUUUGUAUGCGACUGAGUGUGGACGCUAUUUGACAAAGCCAGUUCAGUGGACGGCCGAUGUAACUAUGAUUUUGAUUAUUUGUUCUUCUCAUGCAGGUCAUCUUGUUGUGUCCGGUGGCGUUCCAUCUGUCCUCGUGCCUUUUACACUGCAGUACUGUUGCCAACUGUCUGUCACGUACAGACAGGUCAUUAUGAACUGUAACUACAGUUGUUGAGCAAAUCAUAGUUAUUAAAUAACAGAUACUUUA